AUGGUCCUGUGCGUUUUCCUUCGACGCUUUCACUUCUUCCCCUUCAUUUUCUGUCUUCCGCCUUAUUUGAUAUCUUCAUACUUAACUUUUCUACAUAUCUCCCACUUCCAUAACUCUUUUCUUUUUUCUCUUCGUCGUUUCCUCCUCUCCCUUUUACUCCCCUUUUACCCCUUCCUCUCUUAUUAUCUAUUCUCAUUCCGCUUCCUACUACUCAUCUCCACCUUCUAUGUUUCUUUUCUUUUUUGUCUUCGUCGUUUCCUCCUCUCCCUUUUACUCCCCUCUUACCCCUUCCUCUCUUAUUAUCUAUUCUCAUUCCGCUUCCUACUACUCAUCUCCACUUUCCAUAAUUCUUUUCUUUUUUCUCUUCGUCGUUUCCUCCUCUCCCUUUUACUCCCCUUUUACCCCUUCCUCUCUUAUUAUCUAUUCUCAUUCCGCUUCCUACUACUCAUCUCCACCUUCUAUGUUUCUUUUCUUUUUUGUCUUCGUCGUUUCCUCCUCUCCCUUUUACUCCCCUCUUACCCUUCCUCCUCUUAUUAUCUAUUCUCAUUCCGCUUCCUACUACUCAUCUCCACCUUCCAUAAUUCUUUUCUUUUUUCUCUUCGUCGUUUCCUCCUCUCCCUUUUACUUCCCUCUUACCCCUUCCUCUCUUAUUAUCUAUUCUCACUCUGCUUCCUACUACUCAUCUCCUCCUUCCAUGUUUCUUUUCUUUUUUCUCUUCCACUUUUUCUCUUUUCCAUUCUACUCACCUCUUUCCGUCCUACUUAUCUAUCCUCACUCCAUUUCCUCCUACACAUCCUCUCCUUCUAUGUUUCUUUUCGUUUUUUCUUCUACCUUUCAUAUUCUCUCUCUCUCUCUCUCACUCUCUCACUCUCUCUUUUUCUCUUUGAUAUUCUGCUCCUCAUCCUCUUCUGUGGUUUUUACUUUUUCGUCUUUUCCCUCAUUUUCUUUUCUUUUCUUCCAUUUAAUAUCUAUCUAUCUAUCUAUCUAUCUAUCUAUCUAUCUAUCUAUCUAUCUAUCAUAUGCUUGUCUUCACUCUGA